AUGGCCGGGAGCAUGCUGACGUACAGCACGCUCAUGUCGGCGAAUGAGGGGACCGAAACGCAGGCAAUGAAGAUCGUUGCAACCCGUCAGCGCGAGAAGCUGAUGGGAUGCUUGAUGCUUCCCUUGGCGUUUGUUUACUUCGUCCUGUUCUGCACAUCUAUCAUGCUGCACGAGGACAUCUCAGAUGUGUACAUGAUUGAGUCCAACUUGCGUGGGCAGAUGGACGACAUCUUCGGCGAAGUCGAGGACAUGGACUCCUUGUGGGAUGCCAUUCAGGGAGAUUUCUCCGACAUUUUCUUCAAGCAGACUGAUAUGUAUGGCCGCACGCUCUCCAAGAACACGACGAACUACAAAUGGGGUGACUGGGGGCGUGUGAAUCGCUACAACCAGAUCCAAGGCGCAAUCCGAUUCCAGCAGACCAGAAAUGUGUCCGCCGCUUAUGGCAAAGCCUUUCAGUGCAACAGUGAGAUUUCCUGCUUUCUUUGUCGGUCCAACCGCGGCUUUCAGCCUGCUUAUCUGAACCAGCAGAGAAGCAACGGCUUCGUGGUGGAUUGUGGGAACUGGACGAUGCGGAGGCUUGAUGGCGAGGCGGACAUGGAGGAUGUUGAGCCUGAGGGCCGGCAGCUCUCACCACUGGCACCGCCAAUGCUGACAUCUCUGCCCAGAGAGAAAACGGACGAGAUGCACGUCUUCAGGUUCUAUUUGUAUCCUUCAGAAGCCAAGAGCCGAACAAUGGAGCGGCUGCAGUACUUCCGGAACCGCGUGUGGCUGGACAAGGAUUCCGAAGUUUUGCAGAUUCGCCUCUACCUGCUGAACGCAGAACUGGGCCAGCCAAACAUGGAGCAGGUGACGUUGACCUUCUUCAUGAGUGCCGGCGGGAGCAUCUACUACCGGCGCGACUUCCAAGCCAUUUUCUUCGAGAUCUUCCCGAACAUGUCUUGCAUGGUCGGCAAGAAGGGCAGGACAGUGUGGGCAAUCAAUUCAACAGAUGUACGUAUCCGGGUUUCUGACGGCCUCUUCUUCUGCGUUUUCGUUUUCACCGGCGCACUGCAGGUCGUCGUGCUCUGGCGGGUCAUCCGCGACAAGAGAUUGAUGUCAUACCUCAAGGACAUCAGGUCUCUCCUUGAAGUCGUGGUGAUCAUAAUCGGUCUCUACUUCUGCUACCAGUUCUACGCUGUCUACCAGACAAAGGAGAGGACCACGGACAUCGUGAACGAGGUCCGGGCCAGGGGGUGGGAUAUCCACGACGACUUCCAGCCUGUGCUGGAGCAGCUCUUUGACAUCAGUGAAGCUGCCGCCGAAGACAUCCUCAGCCUCCGUCUGCUGGCGGCCAACUACACCUUGAUCCUCACUUUCCGCUUCUUCGCGAACUUCCGAGCCCAGCCACAGCUGGCAAUUAUCACGAAGACCUUAGGGGCGCUCAUUGUGGAGAUCAUCCACUUCAUAGUGGUCUUCAUUCCUGCCUUCCUGAUCUACGUGACCAGCGCCACCUUGCUGUUCGGGCGCCAGAUUGAGGAUGUGUGCACGUUCGGAGGCUCGCUGGGUUACAUUUUCCGCAUGGCCCAGGAGGGUGAGUUCGACUGGGAGACUAUGCAGGAAGAGAACUACUGGUCAUCUGCUAUUUGGGUGUGGUCCUUCGUGGUGUUCGUGAAUAUGCUUCUGAUCAACCUGCUGAUUGCCAUUAUCUUGGACACCUACAAGGAGGUGCAGCGGAAUCAGGAUUCCAAGGAAGCGGUCUGGAACACCUUGUACCAGUUCUGGAACCGGCUGAUCUCGAUGAGGAGCUGGGUCAAUGAGCAGAAGAUCGUGAGGAAAUGUAGCGAGCCUUACCAUCCGGAUCUCCUCGAGCCGGACUACCUGAAGGAAGUCUUCCCCAGCAUCCCGGAAUACCAGCUCGGCUUGCUCUUCAAAGAUACAGCAAAACAGAUGGAGAUCCAGUCAGACAAAGACAUCAAGACAGAGAAGCUGGUGAAGAUGGCAGGCUCCCUGAUGAUGUCUGUGGGGGGCGUGAACAGCUCCUUGAAGACCAUGAUGGAGGAGGAGUCCAAAGAUCCACUGCAGAGUUGGGUGGUGGGCAAGCCGGUCUCUGGUGACAACAAGUCUGCUUUCCCUGUUCAGCACAAGGGAAAUGUGGAGCCCAGGAUCUACGAUCCCACGAAGGUGGAGGAGGAGAUCCCAGAGGGCGAGGAUUGGGAGCAGCCGGAAGUCGUCGAGGAGCCCCCUCCCGAAGCCGGGGCCGGGGAGGGCAACGAGCCCGCUGAAGCGGAGCCCGUUGAAGAGGAGUGGAAACCCAUUUGGUUGCGCGAAGUCGAUACCAUGCUCAAGGCCCAGCGCAGUUGGCUGCUCAAUGCAUCCUGGCACCUCGAGCA